AACGGGGAAUUGAAGAUAGCCUUGGUAAAAAGUUGCUUUAAAAAUGGAUAGCGUUGAAUAGCUGAACGGAGGUCAAUGGUGUGGAUGUGUUAGAUCUGUGGCAGCCUUAGCACGGAGGACGUACUUCGGAUAGCCGUAGAGCCAGGAAUCCGAUACCUGCACACAUAAAAAAAUCCCUGAAGGAUUUGUAUUUGAAGCUAGGCGAUAAUGGUGCAUAAAUUCUCUAUUAUGCUCUGCUUCCUUCUGAUAAUACAAGACUGCAAAUGUAAGUCAAUCGAAAUCGUGGUCGAUAAAUGUGGUAUAGAAAGCAUCAAGGUAAAAAGAAGRGACGGGGACAUUAUUGGAUGUAUGCCAUGUGAGCCUUGUCCAGCCGGUCAACGACCCUAUUUUCCAUGUGGCUCGAUAAUCUUCAUAAAAGAUAUGUUCAAGAGCAGAUGUUCCCCCUGUCCAAAUGGGACCUACUCUGAUUCCUAUUCACGAUCUUCCUGUACACGUUGCAAACGAUGCGAACGAGGAUUAGUAGUAAGUCGUAAAUGUUCACCGACAACAGAUACCCAGUGCAUACCAAGAAUGUCUCACUGCAAAAAAGGUUUUUACUUCUCAGAAAUCGUCUUAGAAUGCCUCCCAUGUUCUAGUUGCUGUGACGACGGCAAAGAUAUCAAAAUUGAUGAAUGUGCAACACAGGGAUCCCAAAGCAAAAAACUCUGCAGUGUCCAUAGUUUUCACCGUUGCUUGAAAAACGUCGAUAAUGAAAAUGCAACUCAAAGCGUUGAAAAACGACUUCCUUACGAUUUCCCCACAACUAAAUUAUUUGCAACUAAGACUGGUAGUAAUAUAUUUGGCAUUUCUAACAGAACUCAUGCAAGAAAUGAAAAUAAACAGUCAAGAAAACAUGGGUGGAAAGAAUUGGAUAUAUAUCUUUUCUUAGUAAUUUCCUUAUGUACUUUAAUGAUCUUCAUAACAUUAGGUUUUAUAAUCAAACGCACAAGGAAGAACUCAGGAGCGCAAUGCUUUCAAAUUCCACCUAUGAGGCUAUCGAAAAGAAUAGACAUUCCUGAUAGGUGUAAAAGUGACCAAUCAGAUGAGCUAGAAGAUUGGUCGAAAAACGACGUCAAUAUUGGUAAAUAUUCAUUCACAUGCGGUGUUGUCAUAAAAUACGAUCCAGACUGCAAACAAGAUCGAUACAAGAACCUGAUAGUCGAACCUUUGAGCGAUAAACAUUUGAACGGUAAUUUUAAAAGCAUCAAGCAAGGGCAAUUAUUUCUAAGUCCAAUAUAUAGGUUUUAUUCUAAAGGAGAGAAAUUCGAAGAAUUAGUCAAGAUAAGCCUGCCUCACAGCGCUCUCUGGAAUUCCGAACACAAAAACUGGGACAUUGAUGUCCUCUGCAUGGAUGAAAGAAAGGGGAUAAAAGAAGCAAAAUGGGAAAGAAUAACUGAUGGUUUGGAAGUAAAUUGGAAAGAUGUAAGCUUUCAUACUGAUACACUGCUUACCUAUGCUGUUGUUGGAAAGCCACUGAAAGGAGCGAAGAAGAGAAUGCAGUUCGUGUUGUUUACCACGAGUGAGAUGAUAAGUGACCUGUUUGAAGUGUGUAUCCAUCUUCUUGAUGAUGACGAAACUUCAUUUCAGAAUGUUUUGAAAGAAAAUUCCCUAAAGGGCUUUUCCAUGCUUGGUUCUUUCUACGCUGCAUUUGUUGACUGUCACAGUUCAGUUGACAUCAACCUAAAUGUCGAGGGUUUGUUGGAUGGCUGGGAACUGGAUCGCCUAAGCCCAAAGGCCAUUUCCAGUUCGGUUUGCAAGGAGUCGUACUUCUCCAUACCAAGCUUUCAAGCCGCGUUUCGUCGCGUUAAAAGACGUGCUGAAAAAUUCAGCUGCAAAUUCAAAAUCAACGUUGCAGAAAGUGAAAUCAUCAUACCAGCGUUCACUUUUGUACCUGUGGAAGAUUUGUGCGUCGUUGUUGAUGUUCAUGAGCAAGAUCAAGACACUUCUUUCUUAAAAGAGAAGAAAACUCUCUUCAAAGACCUUCAUUACGAUACAAAGUAUGUAGCGGGUCGUAUGCUGGAUGUGUCCGUCAAGGGACAAGGUACAUGGCGUCAGCUGGGACGUCACUUCGGCCURACUGAUGACGUAAUAGAGCAGUUCUCUGUGGAGUACAGAACCCUCGAAGGCAGUCCAAGUCGAGCUUUGUUUGAAUAUCUAUCCAGCACUCAUCCCAGUAU